UUCCAUUUUUGUUAUUUUUAGGUAGCAUUAGUACUGAUAAAAUGCCUACAGAGACUGAGGAGGAGUUACCAACCCCUACACCCGAGCCCAGUAUCUCUGAGGAGGGCAACUUCCAUUCCCAAUACCAAGUAUUGGGGACAAUUGGGCAAGGGGGCAACGCCAAAGUCCUCCUGGCCCACCACCGGCUCACAGGAACCCCGGUGGCUGUCAAAGUUCUGCGAAAGGACAAGCAGUGGUUCCAGCCAGCCAUGAUGGAAGCAAACAUAAUGAGAAAGAUCAACCACCCCAACAUAGUGUCUCUCAUACAAGUUAUUGAAAAGGAAACGAGAAUAUACCUCAUAAUGGAGCUGGUGGAAGGCCAAGAACUCUACCAGUACAUCAGAGAGUCAGGGCACAUAGAGGAGGAUGAGGCCCGGCAAAUAUUUGAACAGAUAUUGUCAGCAGUGAGCUACUGCCAUGGAAAGGGGAUUGUUCACCGAGACCUCAAACUGGACAAUAUAAUGAUUGAUAAAAACAAAAAGGUCAAAGUCAUCGACUUUGGGCUUAGCACCCAAUUUCAACCUGGAAAAAUGCUAAACCACCACUGCGGCACGUACUCUUUUGGUUCCCCUGAACUCCUCCUUGGCCAUCGGUAUGACGGGCCGAAGAAUGAUAUGUGGAUUAUAGGAGUGGUCUUGUACUGUAUGGUAGUGGGAAAGCUCCCAUUUGAUUCAGUGAUCAUCCAAGAACUGCAAAGACAAGUAGUGGCAGGGGUAUAUCCUGCUCCCUGUGGGGUUUCAAAAGAACUGGAGGACCUCCUUAGUAAAUUACUGAGGGUAAAUCCCAACUUUAGACCAACAGCAAGAAAGGCGAUGAAACACCCUUGGUUCAAAGAACACUGGAACGGAUUGAUAGGUCCCUAUGAAGAAAUGCUUCCCCUCACACCAGACCCGGCCAUUUUGGAUGCCAUGAAAAGCAUUGGAUUCCAAGCCUCUGUAGUAAAACACUCUUUAAAACAAAGAAAAUAUAAUGAGGAAAUGGCAACUUAUUUCUUUCUACAAAAGCAGGCUCUCCAGGGGGAUGGCUGCACAGCCCAGGCACAGCAAGUGAGUCCCGUUGUAGCCCCAUUUCCUAGCCUUGAUCCUGCUGCUGCUUUUAGAUUAGAACCAAAGAGGAGUGGAAGCCUGCCAGUCCUUGGCACCUUGCGGGUGUCAUCCUCCCAUGGUCACGUAUCUCACUAUGGCCAGAAUGCUCAUCCAAAAGGAGGCAAAAGAUCCACUGUGGCUGGUCAUCUCAGGCCUCUACCGAUGACACCUACACAGGACCACUAUCACAAAUAUUCCGUGAGUGUCCCAUGCAUUCAAACAACAAGCAUCUUCACUGAGAAGAGUAGCAAUAAGGAAAUCAAAGAAGACAACCCACUCUCCCACAGAGCCCCAUUAGAGGAUAAGCCCAUCCCCAGCAGGGUCCGGCACAGAGGUUUUAAGGGGUGGACCAGGAAUAUAGCAAAUGCCCUGAUAAAGCUGUGUUGCUGCAUGCCAAGGAGAAAGAAACCUCGCCUGGGGCAGAACAGAAUCUCCCCCCAGAAAUGAGCCACAGGGAGAGUC